GAGAGGAUCCGCGAGGGGGGUAGGUUGGAGGGGUGCAGGUAGUUGUACGUGGGGCGGAGCGACGCCGCGCGUCGUGUCUAGCUGGCGACGUUGGGCGUCCUGCCCCCAAAGCGUCGGGUGGGGAGCCGUGGUGAACGCAGUUCUCGACGGGUCGCCGAGAAGGUGUAACGGUGUUGUCCUUGCCAGGCUGCGAGCUGCGGCCACCCGUGCGAAAAGCCACGUGAUCCAUCCUGUUGGACCGGCUUCCUCGGCUAUCUUUCUUUCGUCCCGUUAUUUCGUUUUCUUUUCGGAUCGCGUCGCGUGUGCGUCGAUGCUCGAUGUGAUCGCGGCGAGCCGAUAAUUGAAAGAAAAAUUCGAAAAUCGUGAAUCGCGAGGAAAGCAUGGUUGAUCGUUGACCAUUGUUGUUGUCCUCUUACCAUUGAUUUCGUGGAACAGCUAUGAUUCACGAGUUCUCACGGUUUAGUUUGUCCCGUUUGUUUUCGUUUCUUUUUGUCCUUUCGUGAAUCAUACGAGUGGUGGUUUUGUUGCAUGAGAAGGAUCGCGCGAGUAUCAAGGCCGCGCGUGUUUGAGAGUUGGAGAGUUGUCGGUUGUUCGCGCGGUUGCCCUUCUGGGAUACGUGUUUCCGUUCCGCCAUCGUGUUCGCCACGCGGACUUGGACAUGUAACGCAUUCGAACGGACACGUGAUUUCUUGUGUGAUACAACUCGUGUGGACCGCGUCGUGCAGUGUUUUAAGGGUGUUUUUUUUAAGGUGCCGCCUAAUGAAGGGAUAAGAAUGCGAGCGGUGGUCGAGGGGUAGAGGAGGAGGGUGCCAGGGAUUUUUCGUGGCCGAGGAGCGGUUUGGAUAAGGCAUGCUAUGCGUCAGAAGACUGGAAACAGAUGUUCUCGCGAAAGAUGACAGGGUUAAGUAGAUAAAAGGAGCAGCUGCUGGUUCCAACGACGAUUCAUCGCGUUUUCCAUGCAGUGCACAAUGCUCUGCCAUCGCGCCCUUGUCGUUCUCUUUGCUGUCAACGUGCCAAUCGUGACGGGACUCGAGCCAGACUUCGUAUACCCGUUGGAGAACUUAACGAUCUCGCAGGGUCGAGACGCAACCUUCACCUGCGUGGUGAGCAACCUCGGUGGAUACCGGGUGAGUCCUUCCUCCUCCGUGAGCGGAGAUCACUCUGGCGGCGCCAAGGCCCGGGUGGCGUGGAUCAAGGCCGACACCAAGGCCGUCCUGGCGAUUCACGAGCACGUGAUCACGAACAACGCCCGUUUAUCAGUUACACACAGUGACUACAAUACGUGGACGUUGAACAUUCGUGGGGUACGCCGAGAAGACCGGGGCAUUUAUAUGUGUCAGGUCAACACGGAUCCUAUGAAGAGUCAGAGUGCGUUUCUCGAAGUGGUGAUACCGCCGGAUAUAAUAUCCGAAGAAACCUCGAACGACCUGAUGGUACCCGAGGGUGGGUCUGCAAAACUAGUAUGCAAAGCCCGCGGUUAUCCAAAACCUGAUAUCGUUUGGAAACGGGAGGAUGGCGCCGAGAUUAUUUCCCGUGCCGGAUUGUCUGGUGGCAAAACGAAAUUAGCAACCGCCGAAGGGGAAACGCUGACUCUGUCGAAAGUAACCAGAAGCGAGAUGGGCACUUACCUGUGCAUCGCGAGUAACGGAGUACCACCAUCAGUCAGCAAACGGAUGAUGUUGCAUGUGCACUUUCACCCCAUGGUUCAAGUACCGAACCAGCUAGUCGGAGCGCCAACUGGAACCAACGUUACGCUGGUCUGCCUCGUCGAAGCUUCCCCCAAGGCCAUUAAUUAUUGGACGCGCGAAUCAGGUGAAAUGAUAAUUAGCAACCACAAAUACUCGAUGUCAGAGGUGAAGACGUCCGUGUACAGUGUACAGAUGCGGUUGGUGAUCAUGAAUCUGCAAAAGCAGGAUCUCGGCGGUUACAAAUGCAUCUCGAAGAACUCGAUCGGCGAUGCCGAGGGAAACAUUCGACUUUACGAUAUGGAUCUGCCGAAACACUCGAAGAAAUUCAUAAGAGGGGAGGAUGACACGAACGAGGCGAUCAGCGAUCGAGAUCACAGACUGAAUCACGUGUAUCAAGGUUCUUUACGGGAAACAGGUUCGACUUUGGAGCCAUUCUUCGACGCCGACGACGUGUCUUCGUCGACGUCCUCGAACGACAUUCUACCAUCCGCCUCUUGCAUCCUUUUGAUAGCAUUUUCCCAAUUUUUCGCUUUCGCGUAAAGAACGUUAUUAAAAAAAAAAAAA